AUGGGCAGUAAUCCGACUCUUGUAAGUUAUUUCUUAACUAAAUUAUCUGCUACUUUCAAGAUUAUGGAUCUUGGUGAACUAGGUUUCUUUCUUAGUAUUGAAACCAUUAAUUGCAAUGCUAGAAUACUUUUAUCUCAACAACGAUAUAUGCUGGAUAUUUUGAAACGUGCUGGUAUGUCUGAUUGUAAACCUCUAUCUACUCCAAUUCCUGUUUCGAAAUCUCUUUCUCACUCUACAGAUUUAUAUGAUGAUCCUACACAAUAUCGAAGUCUGGCUGGAGCCCUUCAAGAACUACAUGUCUUCUCUGACUCAAACUGGGCUGGCUGCCAUGACGAUCGUAAGUUAGCCAGUGGGUAUGCUGUGUUUCUUGGGUCAAAUCUUGUAUCUUGGGUGUGCAAAAAGCAAAGAACUGUGGCAAGAUCCUCCACGGAGGUUGAAUACAAGGGUUUAGCUGAUGUUUGUGCUGCAGUAAUUUGGAUUCUCUCCCUAUUGCGUGAAAUCGGCGUCACUGGGAUAUCUGUUCCAAAACUAUGGUGUGAUAAUCUUGGUGCUACAUAUCUGUGUGCUAAUCCUAUUUUUUAUGCUCGCACUAAGCAUGUUGAGAUUGACUAUCAUUUUGUGAGAGUCACAGUUGCCAAAGAAGAGAUUCAAGUCAACUUUAUCUCUACCAAAGAUCAACUUGCAGAUAAUUUUAAUAAGAUUAUCCAUUGUUAG